AUGCAACAGCCUCGGCCUCAGCAUGCCAGGGCAGGAUAUCCAGUGUAUCAGCCACAGCAGCCUUACUAUCCACCAAUGCCUCCUCAGCAGGGAUAUCCUUCACAAGGCUACCAGAAUUAUGGUGCAGGCUAUGGAUAUCAAGGGCACCAGGGACCACCGGGAGUUCCACAAGGAGUGCCCCAAGGAGUACCCCAAGGAGUACCCCAAGGAGCUCUGCGUGGUCAACAGGGCCCACCAUUGCCCCCUCCUCCAUCCAAACAGUACAGACAAGGAUACGCCAACCAACCUUUGCAGCAGGGUAACCUCUAUAACAAUUCUCCCCCUAGACAAGGGUAUCCACAACAGAGGAUACCAGGACCACCACCACCACAACAAAUGCAGCAACAGUAUAGCGGUCCGCAGUCGUCGCAGUCUGUUCCUCAGCUGCAAGUGACCACUUCUCCGUCCAAAAUACCCCAGCAGCAGGACAAUUACAAGCCAGCGAUUGACUCGAGUCUGCACCAUACCAAUAGUAUGAACCCAGCCGAACAGGAAAGGAUUAACCAACUCGAGGAUAAAGUUCAGCGGCUUGAAAGGGCUCUAAAGCUACAAGAAUUCAAGGAUGCAAAUGGAUCCAAUCUUUCUAUGGGUUCUUCAGUACUUUCCGUAGAUGGCCCUGCUGCAUCUUCUCGAUCUGGAAAGAAAAAACGUAAAGAUAUGACUGGUGGAAGCAGCAAUUCGCUUAUACCUGAUGAGGAUAAGCUAGCAGAUGGGGACAUUUUGAAUACAGAUCCACCUGAUGAACCCUUUGUCUACGAAGAAUUGGAAAGUCCAGGAAGUAUGACGUAUUCCAAAUCGAUAUAUCGGACUGGAUUCGAAAAGGCUGGCUUUAAUAUGGACCAUUUCAAAAAUACUCAGCAACGCAGGCGUUACAACGACGAUAAGGCCGACCCCCAAUUGAGGGCUAACGUUGUUCCACCACCUCCCGAGAUUCACGACGAACCCACAGAACCUCUUAGAGUGGUGACAGACCAGACACUUUCGUCAAGUGUCUACAGCGAUCGCACGGCUUCUAAUGCUAAUGCUCAUGACGUCGAAGGGUAUCUUGACAAGUAUGAGUUUGCCAGAGAUCAGCCGCGCGAGAAACAUCGAAACCAAACGAGGUACCAGGAUUCUCUUCAGGAUCAUUCACCGGAUACUUAUGAGCCAUAUAGACAGCCUCAGCAACCUCCUCAGCCGCGAUCAGCGUCUUCGUCGCAUUCAGAUUUAACUAGAAGAAAGGAGUCCGCGCCAAGAAUGGACUCAGUUCCUCGGAUAGACUCUCGGGCCAAUUCUAUACCCAAUUCCCUUCAAACCGGCCCCAAGGAACGUUCUCCUAUGGACUCUAUCAUAAGGUAUACUCUCCGGACGUCUUUCAAAAAACUCAACAAUGGUAUAAUUGAACCUAUUCUUCCUUCAAAGUCUUCUGAACCGUUGGAAAAUGUUAUGGCCAGGUUCAGAUCCACCAGAGAAAAAGCUUCGAACGAUUACAAAUCGUUUACACCACGGAUCCAGUUCUAUUGGGCUAUUAUGUUACUUGAAACGAUGGCCAGACCCGAUGUCCUCUCGAAAAUGGCCAUUGAUGGUAAGUUGCGACGUCGUCCUAUUCCUAUCAAAUCACUCCAACCGCAGCGACGCCAAUUCUUAAGUACAAGUGUGAAGGUUCUUGAGAAAUUGGUACAGGUAUCUCCUACAGAGACCAGAGCCAGACUUUAUCUUGCAGAUAUAUAUUCUGGGGGUAUUCAUCCCGGUGUUAUCGAGAAGGACGAGAAGAAAGGAUUCAAUAUGUUCUAUGACGCUGCUGUGAAACAGCACGACCCGGUGGCUUGUUAUCGUAUAGCAUGCUGCCUCGAGGCCGGUGUUGGAUGCCGGAAGGACGUAGAAAAGAGCUGUGACUUUUUCAACAUUGCUGCAAGAUUGGGCGAUCCGUCUGCCAUGUGCCAAUUGGGUAUGAUGUACUUUGCUGGUGUCAACGGAUACCCAUUAAGCAUAGCGAAGUCGAUUCAAUGGCACAUGGAGGCAUCAGAGACAUUACGUAGUGAAAAAGUGAUGGGUUCUGACCCACUUAUUUCUGCCAGGUCAUUCAGUGACUCUCGCGGUGCUCUGUACACUUUGGCCAAACUACACCAGACAGACUUGAGCAUUUUAUGCUUAGACAACGACAGUUCGCAAGCUCUUUUUGCUGUAGAUGAGCUUCGAAAGCUUCACGUCUUCCGUAAUAAGGCUAAAGCUCUACGAUACUAUCUGGAUGCUGCAAAGAUAGGACAUGCAGAGUCACAAGCUUCGCUAGGUUAUUACUAUUCCAAAGGAUUUUUCCCGACAAGCAGCUUCAAGCCUGACAAAGACUCCUUCGAGGGACAGUCGGAUUCCAUCGAUCCUCGAAGAUCUAUCUAUUGGUUCUCGAAAGCAGCUCAAAAUGGCCACGCUUAUGCUUCGUUGGGUUUGGCUAAAUGGUACGGAUCGGGAGCCCCAGAUGGAACAUUGAAGAAGGACGAUCAACAGGCCUUCCUAUGGGGAAGGAAGGCAGCUGAUGAGGGACAAUUGCCCGAGGCCGAGUUUAUGAUAGGGCAGUGCUUUGAACAAGGAUUUGGUACUAACAAGAACCAACAGAUGGCUGUGAAUUACUACAAGCACAGUGCAUCUAAGGGCUACAAGAAGGCAAUUGUCAUGUUAAAGAGAAUGAAUAAGUAA